AUGGGAAGUUCAUGCCUGAACUCGUCUCGCACAAUACUUGAGAGACCCACUAGUUUCUCGUUCGAUAAGCAACGCAGGCCUUGUCCUACAAGUGGCUUCUCAUUGUUAAUGAGAAAGAAGUAUAUCAACAUAGUCCGUUGCCAAGGCAAUGGAAACGUGAGAAACCCAAACGGAUAUCCUCCCACUGUAACCGAAAGGCCUGCUGCUGCAACAGUCACAGGGGAUCAUAUGGUUUUCUCAUCAAAUGCAAAGAUCCGCAAGGAUGUUGACAUGAUGGAUUUGACGUCUUACAAGGAACCAACAGGGCUUGGUACCAGUGACACAUACCUCAGCGAAGGUAUUGGGAUUGUUAGAUUUCUCAGGGGAAAGGAGUUUCUUAUUACUGGUGCAACAGGCUUCCUGGGGAAAGUUCUCAUAGAGAAGAUUUUAAGGACCAACCCAGAUGUCGGUAAGAUCUAUGUUCUUAUCAAGGCUAAGGACAAGGAAGCUGCAAUGGAGAGAUUGAAGUGUGAAAUAGUAAAUAUGGAACUCUUCAGAUGCUUGAAAGAAAUCCAUGGAAGUAACUACCAGGCUUUCAUGUUAAGAAAGCUUAUUCCAGUGGUAGGGAAUGUCAGGGAAGCUAAUCUUGGACUCGAGGCUGGGGUAGCCGACGAGAUUUCAGAAGAAGUGGAUGUUAUUAUUAACUCAGCGGCAAAUACCACUUUUGAUGAGAGGUAUGAUGUUGCGCUGGACAUAAACACCAUAGGACCAUGCAGGAUUAUGAAUUUUGCAAAGAGGUUUAGGAGACUCAAGCUCUUCUUGCAUGUAUCAACAGCUUAUGUGAAUGGGCAAAGACAAGGUAGGAUUCUGGAGAAGCCCUUUUUUAUAGGAGACACCAUAGCAAGGGAGACAUGUUCUUUGGAAUUUUCUGCAAAAAACACACCACUAUUGGAUAUUGAAACUGAGAUUAAGCUAGCUUUUGAUUCUAAGAAGACUUCUCGUGAUUCUUCUAUGAUUCAAGAGAUGAAAGACUUGGGUUUAGAGAGGGCAAAGAUUCAUGGAUGGCAAGAUACCUAUGUUUUCACAAAGGCCAUGGGUGAAAUGGUGAUAAAUUGCAUGCGAGGAGACAUACCAGUGGUCACCAUUAGACCUAGUGUCAUCGAAAGCACCUGUAAAGAACCCUUCCCUGGAUGGAUGGAAGGAAAUAGGAUGAUGGAUCCAAUAGUUCUAUAUUAUGGUAAAGGCCAGCUUACUGGAUUUCUUGCUGAUCCUAAUGGAGUACUUGAUGUU